AUGAGUGCUGAAGCUUUGCAAGUUGCUAAGGUGUACCGCCACCUUCUCAGGGCUGUCAAGAAACACGUUGCCAAAGAAGACAGGGCGAGGCAUUUCAAAGAAUACGUAACUGAAGAAUUCAGGAACAACUGCAAACUGUCAGAUCCAUCUUCCAUUCAGCAGAAGAUUAAGCUUGCCCAUAACUACACUUUUCUUCUUAACAGUGUGCACCAUCACCAGGACCUGUUGUUCUCUUACAACAUUGCUGUGGAUAGAUCAGAUGAGAUGAAAAAAGUACUUGGAAAAUCGGCUGCAAGUGUUGGUCUUCAACUUCCUGAGUGUGACACCUAUGUAACUGAUAAGGGUUCUUUCUUCUCUUAUAUAUCCUCUACUUCUUCUCUUUCACUGAAAGUAAAUCUAAUUAUCUCGGUCCACAUUAUCCUUAGCACAAGCAUAAGAUCCUCAACCAAAUUUAGCACAACUGGUCUCAUCAUCUUCAUCAUCUUCAUCAUCAUGGGUUCAGAAACGUUUCUAGAAGUGAUAUUGGCAAUUAUCCUGCCACCUGUUGGGGUCUUCCUCCGCUAUGGCUGUGGAGUGGAGUUCUGGAUUUGUUUGUUGCUGACACUGUUGGGAUAUAUUCCCGGAAUUAGAGAACUCAAGUUAGAGAAACACCUCGUAUAA